AUGUACUCUAGCAAGCCGCUAUCUCUCUUCAAGAGCCACCCAGAGACGGCUGCCCGGCCACCGCCGGAGGGCCGAAACUCAGGCUACAUCGUCGUGAAGGGAGACGAGGACGAGGACGAUGACGACGAGAUGUGGUGCUGGGGGUCGUGCGGGGGGACGCGUGUGAGGGGCCUCCCGUUCCCGGAGGACUGCCCCAUCGCCUCCAACCGCUACUACACCGUCGUCGCCACGGGCAAACGCAAGGGUCUACUCAGGACGUGCUCCAGGGAGGAGGACAUGACCCCAUGCUGCUUCUCCCGCUGCAUCAAAGACGUGAAGCCACGGUCGUUCGACCCGUCUGACGCCUACCAGCAGAUCGAGAUCGUCCAGCGCCAGCGCGGGCGGUUAAUAGCCAGGGCCAUCGCCACCGACGGCUUCCCAUCCUACCUUUACUGGCAAAUGUACUGGCGCAUGCAGCGCUUGCCAUUAUUUGGUCAAUAUGUUUAUGUAUAA